CCGCCGCGGGGGGGGCUGUGCCGGCCCCGGCGCCCGGCUCGGCUCAGCUGUUCUCUGCGGCAGCGGCGCUGCGCGGUGCCGAGCCCAGCCGCGCCGGGCGGAGCGGAGCGGGGCCGGGCCGGGCCGAGGGGAGGGAAGCGAAGCGAAGUGACAAAGCGAAGCGAGAAGCGAAGCGGGAACCGGGCCGAACCGAAACGGGGCGCAGCGCCGGGCGCGCCCGUAGCGCGCAAAAACCGCGGAGCGCAGCCAUGAGCCGCCGCGUGGUACGCCAGAGCAAGUUCCGGCACGUCUUCGGGCAACCGGUGAAGGCCGACCAGAUGUACGAGGACAUCCGUGUCUCCAAGGUGACGUGCGACAGCUCCUUCUGUGCCGUCAACCCCAAGUUCGUGGCCAUCAUCGUGGAGUCUGGUGGCGGGGGGGCCUUCAUUGUCCUGCCCCUUGCCAAGACGGGACGGGUGGACAAGAACCACCCUCUGGUGACGGGGCACACGGCGCCCGUGCUGGACAUCGACUGGUGUCCCCACAACGACAACGUCAUCGCCAGCGCCUCGGAGGACACCACCGUCAUGGUGUGGCAGAUCCCCGACUACGUCCCCGUGCGCAACAUCACGGAACCAGUGGUGACACUGGAGGGUCACUCCAAGCGGGUGGGCAUCCUCUCAUGGCACCCCACCGCCCGCAACGUCCUGCUCAGCGCAGGCUGUGACAACCUGGUGAUCCUCUGGAACGUGGGCACGGGGGAGAUGCUGCUGGUGCUGGAGGACAUGCACACCGACCUCAUCUACAACGUGGGCUGGAACCGCAACGGCAGCCUCCUCGUCACCACCUGCAAGGACAAGAAGGUCCGCAUCAUCGACCCCCGCAAGCAGCAGGUCGUGGCGGAGAAAGCCAAACCGCACGACGGCGCCCGCCCCAUCCGCGCCAUCUUCGUGGCCGAUGGCAAGAUCUUCACCACCGGCUUCAGCAAGAUGAGCGAGCGGCAGCUCGGCCUCUGGGACCUGGAGAGGUUUGCCCCCCAUGAAGGGCUGAGGCCCGUGCGGGCCAUCUUCACGCGGGAAGGACACAUCUUUACCACGGGCUUUACCAGAAUGAGCCAGCGGGAGCUGGGCUUGUGGGACCCGAAAAAUUUUGAGGAGCCCAUCGCCCUGCAGGAGAUGGACACGAGCAACGGGGUCCUGCUGCCCUUCUACGACCCCGACUCCAGCAUCGUCUACCUCUGCGGGAAGGGUGACAGCAGCAUCCGGUACUUCGAGAUCACGGACGAGGCGCCCUACGUGCACUACCUGAACACCUACAGCAGCAAGGAGCCGCAGCGGGGCAUGGGCUUCAUGCCCAAGCGCGGGCUGGACGUCAGCAAGUGUGAGAUCGCCAGGUUCUUCAAGUUGCACGAGCGCAAGUGCGAGCCCAUCGUCAUGACGGUGCCACGCAAGUCAGACCUCUUCCAGGACGACCUGUACCCCGACACGCCGGGCCCCGAGCCGGCCCUGGAAGCGGACGAGUGGCUGUCGGGGAAGGACGCGGAGCCCGUCCUCAUCUCGCUGCGGGACGGCUACGUCCCCGUCAAGAACCGGGAGCUGAAGGUGGUCAAGAAGAACAUCCUGGACAACAAGCCCCCCCCGGGCCCCCGCCGAGGCCACUCCAUCUGUGACCCCGACAUCUCUCAGCCAGCCUUGGAGGAGGUGCUGGAGGAGAUCCGUGCCCUGAAGGAGACGGUCCAAGCGCAGGAGAAGCGCAUCUCCGACCUGGAGAACAAACUCUGCCAGUUCACCAACGGCACGGACUAGCGCGGCGGCCACGGCCACAGCCAGAGCGAGGACUGCCCCGGCCCCCCCCCCCCGGGGAUUAAAGCCGAGUCCCCGUAGAGGGCAGGAGCCCAGAGCCAUGUUCUUUCCCCAGGAGCUGAGGCUGCAGGGAGGGGGUCAGGCCCUGACCCCCCCCCACCCCUCCCUGCAGUGGCAUCGGUCGCAUCCUGCUCCCGGGGUGGCCCGGCACAUCGACACCCCGCUGCAGCACUGAGGGGGGGGUCCCCACUUUGGUACCUGCAGGCUGGGGCUGCUGAGCAUCCCUCCUUGGGGACCUUCAAGCUGGAUGUCAGCAUCCCCCCAGGAUGGGGGGGCUGCUGGGCCCCCCCGGCCAGGAUGUGCUUGGGUACGGUGCUACAUCUCCCCCCCCCCCUCCACUGCCCCCCUCGCCUCCUCCUCCUGCCCCAUUGCCCCCCUCGGCUCUUCGCUCCUGGGUCCCCCUUUAAUAAAGGGCUCGGCCGCCCAUGGCUGCAUGGCGGGUACCAGGGCUGGGGGGGCCGCCACGCUGGGGGGGCCCUGCCCACACCCCGCUGCCCGCACGGCCCCGGCGCAGGCAGAGAGAGGCCGAGAGAGACAAA